AUGAUUCCCCGUAGUGCAUACACUGUUCCUCAAUCAGCCGCCUCUCGCCGGCUCUCCAACAGCUGGGGUACCCUAACUUCUCGCCGCUCAAUGUCCCUCAUGCCACGAUUCUUCCCUCCAUCGCCAUUCUCUUCAAAUAGGAGUAGACCAACCGGUGAAUUCUCCUCUCUUUUCCGUCUCCUCGAUGACUACACCGACCACGUCACUCGUCGCUUCGACGACGGCCCCUUCGCCGACUUGAGCCGCAACAUGACGUCAACUUUUGCACCAAAGUUCGAUAUCAAAGAAACCGACGAAGCAUAUCAGCUAGACGGAGAAAUACCUGGGAUUGAGAAGGAUGCAAUUGAACUCGCGUUCCUUGAUGAAAACACCCUGCAAAUCAAGGGACGGACAGAACGCUCCUUUUCUUCAGACACUCCAUCCAAUGCUGCUGAGGAUGGAGCUAAUAAGACUGGCGCUGGCAGUGAAUCUGCCGACUCAGCAUCAAUCAACCCCCCCGCUGAGACAACUACAACCAAGGGAGCCGAACCUACAAAGGCUGUUGCCCAAACUGAAACCUCAAGCCCAGCCACUACGGAAAACAGCGGCAACGGACGCUACUGGGCGACUGAGCGCUCCGUCGGAGAGUUCAGUCGCACUUUCUAUUUCCCAGCCCCGGUCGACCAAGAGGCCGUCAAGGCUAGUUUGAAGAAUGGUGUUUUGUCCAUUACAGUUCCGAAGAAAGUAGUCGAGGAGCCUACUGCUCGCCGGAUUAACAUCGAAUGA